AUGACUACUAUCUAUGAUCAGUAUAUUCAAUGUACAAACUGUUUCAAAGAGCUGGCAAACACCGUGGAAUCCCAAUCUUGUAUCUCGUCCCUUUUCACUGCCAUAAGUAUUGCAGACCUACAGAAACAAUUCAAUGAAUGGGCCGAGACUGUCGGUGCGCUCACCCCCCCACAUCGGCCCAAUUCCCUGGACUCCCGCCUCGCACCUAAAAGCGCCUAUAGCUAUUCACUUAGCGAGAUCCUGAUCCGUCUUAAGUCGUCUCUCACAACCGCUACUCAGUUGCUAAGUGGCGACAAAUUGCUGACGACGAAGGCUGAGCGGACGACUGAGCCCAAGUUUGAGCGCCACCCAGACUCUGACUCGGACGAAGCAUCCACAACUUCAUCAACGGAAAGCUCUCGGUGCGAUGAAGCCGAUACGUACAACUCGAUCAAUCUCAUAAUAUCGAAACUGAGACUUUUGAUCCCGACUCUUAGUAGCCAGGGGAAACAGACAGGCUCUUAG